ACAGAGCCGCGCUGGCCCCGCACCCCUGCGCGGGAGCCGCUGCCGCCGGGCUCGGCGUGCCGAGGGACGGGGCUUGCCGAGGGACGGGGCUUCCCUUCGCGACCCGGCUUCCCUUCGCGACCCGCAGUCCCUGUGUCCCGGCACCCCUGCCCCGUGGUACCCGGUCCUGGGGGCACCUCCGCGCUGUGAGAUCCUGCUGCGACCCCGGCCGGGGGAGGCACGGUGGAGCCCCGCGCCUGCCGAGUCCUGUGAGAGGAAAAAAGGGGUGCAGGAGGAGACCCCCGUUCUUGCAAAAAUGCAUUUGGCUCUUUUCUUGUCCUGGUGCUGCUGCCUGCAUGGAUGCGCGCUGGGGACUGGCUUCCUCUAUCAAUUCCCAGCAUCAACCCUGCAGCACAACUACCCAGAGCAGAGCUCAGGCUCGCCGGGCAGCGGCUUCGCCAGUCGCCGGCAUUGGUGUCACUAUACGGUUACACGGACAGUUUCCUGCCAAGUGCAGAACGGGUCAGAAACGGUGAUCCAGCGAGUUUAUCAGAGCUGCCGGUGGCCGGGACCUUGUGCCAACUUAGUCAGGACUCUCAUCAGGCCCACGUAUAAAAUGUCCUACCGAACCGUGACCACGCUGGAGUGGAGGUGCUGCCCUGGCUUCACGGGGAGCAACUGCGAAGAGGAAUGCAUGAACUGCACAAGACUAGCGGAUAUGACCGAGAGGCUAAACACGCUCGAGGCCAAGAUCCUCUUGCUCGAGGCUGCAGAGCGAAGCCCACAGUUAGAAAACAACCUGCCCAUCACUGGGACGACAGCCACGUGGUACGAUGAUUUGCUACCAGAUGCCUUUCCCCUGCUGAAUCCUGGGACUGUCCUGAGAAAAACAGUGGGAUCGGUUGAGCCUAAAGGACACAGAGGUGCACAGGAGCAGCUAAUACCACAGGGGCUGCCGGGACAGGUUGGUCCUCCAGGCCCAGUUGGACCAACUGGUCUUCCAGGACCACCAGGACCAAAAGGAGAGAAGGGACAACCCGGUGAGAGGGGCCCAGCGGGGCCACCAGGGCUGUUGGGACCUCAAGGACCAAGAGGACUUCCAGGAGAAACCGGGAUUCCAGGUCCCCCAGGUCCUCCAGGGCCACCAGCCACCCCAAGCCUCCCUCUUACCUUCCAACAAGGGGUUCUCUACUCGCUCCAGCCCACAGCUGAAAAAGAAAAUGGAGAACCCCAGCUGGCCUCCACCGUCAUAGACACCAUCAUGGCUGGCCUGCCAGGACCUCGGGGAGCCCCAGGCCCUGUUGGGCCACCAGGGCCACCAGGCGCAUCAGGACCCAAAGGGCCACCAGGACCUAUCGGAGUCCCUGGAUCACAAGGCUUACCAGGCUCUCCAGGACAACCUGGACCAAAGGGCUCCAAAGGAGACAGAGGAGAGAGAGGACAAGCAGGUCUGGCUGGAGAGAGGGGCAUUAAGGGAUUUCCUGGUGAACCAGGCAAGAAGGGUGAGGAAGGUGACAAAGGUGCUGAUGGGGAAGGUGUUCAACAACUUCGAGAAGCUCUGAAGAUUUUAGCCGAGAGGGUAUUGAUUCUUGAGCACAUGAUAGGAAUUCAUGACUCUUUAUCUUCCAUUGAGCCAGGCUCUGGACAGGAUGUGAUCCCGGGCUCCCCUCUGCGAACCAGCAUCAAGAUCAAACGUGGAGGACCACAGCAGCCGCAGGCCUACCAGAUCCUCUCUUCACUGCUGGAUGACAGUGAAGCCAAAAGGAGAAGCAAUCGGAUGAAGUAGGAGCAUCUAUGUGUUCUCCAUGUCUGUUCACCAGUUAAAGAUACAGUAUCCCAGUGCUUAAUUGCAAAGUGCAAAUGAAGUGGGUAGGAGGCUGCAGUGUUGGCAAUGAGGUUUCCUUACCUGGCCAAUACUACGCCCUCAUUGCAGGAAAUGUCUUACCCAUAGCUCAGAGAGGGUCUGAUGAACAUUUGUCUCGAUUUUAUUGUUUAGCCUUUGGAAUAGCAGAUGGCAGGUAUCCUCAGAAGCUGUCUACACAAAUGACACCUCCUGACUGUGUCUCUGCAGUUUAACCCUCCCCUUGUUUCCCCACUGCCCUUGAUAGUUAGUUACAGAACUGCUUAACUGGCUGAGACAAUCAAUCCCAUGUGGACUCAAAGCCAAGCCUUAUCCUUGUCCAUUGGUAUAGUUGGUGGCAUCUGCUCUUAUUUUAUGUGGUGGUGUCAUGCUGACUUUCAGGUGAAGAUGCCACUUCCAUAGGCCAUUAAAGCACAACCUGCAAGCAUUUAUUUUAAGCAAAGAGCAAUUAAAACUGUUACUCUGAAAGUUCAGGUUACUCUUUGGAUUUUAGCAUCAAAAACUUGGCUUUUCAUGUUGCUAAUUGCAUGUGAGCGGCGUUAUUUCUAUUUGUGGUUGGCUAAGCAAGGACUAUAGAUGCAAAUGUUCAUGGCAGCAAUGACUUUCUAUCUAUAUUCAGUGGUAUUAGAUUGUUUCUGUGAAAAUAUAGAGCAGUUUGUAUGAGGUGUGAUGGAAUUGUGCAAGAGUUUUCCCAUACUGUGUUCAGCUUGUGCAUACAUCCAGGGAUAAUUAAUGUAAGCAGCAGCAAUAGCUAUUCACAGAAGAGGAGAUUUUGCAAUAGUUUCUUAAUCCUACAUCAAUAAGGAAAAAUGUUUUCACACUAUUUCAUUUUUCUCUUGUGAAUAAAUCCUUGCUAUUUGAAUCUGGAGAUGGUGUAGUAGCAAACCACAGCCUAAGGAAUUAGUCUUGUCAAGAGCUUAUCUUGCACCGAGAGUUAAAUACAAAGCCAUUUUACUUUCUGCAAUAACUUGUUCUUUUGGGGGAAUUCCCAGCUUCCAGGGUUAGGAAGUUGAAUCUGCCCUUCUGUGACAAAUGAACCACUGCACCUGCUGUGCAAACCACAUUGGACAAGUUGAUGCCAUUCAUGUAGGCAGUGAGUACAAAGGGUGAGACUAAUCAAUGGUACUAUUUUUUCACCCUUUUUUAAACACACCCCAUCCCUAAAACAGUUUUCAAAUUCAGCCCAGGAUGAAAAUGAGCAAAUUGAGUUUGUGAUUUUAUAGCAUAAGUCAGGUAAAUGGGUCACAUCCUAUUUGGUUCCUAGUGCAAGAUGGAGCUACCUGGAAAAGGCAAACAGCACAGCACUGCUACAGUAUUUCUCUCAAAAGCUGCUGCAAAGACCAACAGCUGGAUGGUCUGUGUAUUCAGCAACCCCUUUUACCCAGUUAUCUUCCCAAGGCAAAACCAGCAGCAUGGGGUACCUUGGAAAUGAAGCUUAAAAUGAAGGAGCUCUGCCAGCCCACCAUUAGCCACACAUUGAAUGAACUUUCCGUCUACAUAGUAAACGGGGUGGACCUCCAGAGAGCUCAGAACACCCACAUCUUCCCUCUGAAGAGUGCUGUGUUUUCAGAAAGGAGCAGGGUCCAUUGGGAAGACUGAGUUCACUAAUGUGAAAUUAGCAAAAAGAUGUUUCCCCAUUUACAGGCUGAUUUUAGUGCAGGAAUUGAGAAGUACUUGAUCACCUCUCUGUCCUGAUCAUGUGGACACCACGGGACAUGGCUCGUGGCUUCCAGGGAAGACCCCUUGCACCUACCAGUAGGUGUUGGACAAUCAGGCCCUGAAGACUGAGGCAAAAUCCCAGUUCAGUCUAAUGGUGGGCGCUGGGCGGGUUGGUGGUGGCUGUAGUCGCCUGCCACGUGGAGAGGGUGUCCUCAUGGCAGCUUCAGGAACUAACCCAAACCAAAGCAACCUUUAAAAAGGGAAACAGCAAAAUUCCAUUGCACUGGUCCUGUUGCUCCGGGGUUGGAUUUGGGGAACAGGGAGUACGAUGAGGCCAUUUUCAUGUCCCUGACACUUUGGAGCCCUCAUACUGAAUGGAAAGAGAAAUUUUUCUUCCUCUAGGUUUGUCAUCCUGAACUCAAAGCUAUUGCAUUAGAUUGAUGAGAGCUCUCUUCCAGUCAUUCGUAUUGACUAGGAUUUGGGAUUUUAAAUUAUUUAAAACAAAUUACUGGCAAGAUGAAUGGAAACAGAAUGGAAGUUGUUUGCAAUGAAUCCUGCCAAGUCAGUUGUCAAAAGACUGGUUAGAUUUGGGUUGCAACUGUUUUCAUUACUGACUUUCCUGGAUUUCUGUAUGAGCUAUGUGGUUCUUUUUCUCCCCAUGCUUUGCUUUAUUCAGCUACAUCUCUCUGCUGUGGUACUGUAUCUUUAACUUGGGUGGCAGUAGGAUUAUACCAACUGGACUCUGCUCAGCUGGGAUUUCAUUCCUCUCUACUUACAUAAGGGUCAGACCAUGCUGUUGUGCAGGCCCAGUUUAAUUAUGUUUUAAAGAUGAACACAGCCUCACACCCUGACAUUGAUGAUAUUUAUCACUGAGCAAACCACUCCAACCCUUUUGCAUCUUAGGCAGGAACUAAGGUUCAUUUUAGCCAGGGCAUAGAAUGCAUCUUGCCAGGUCUGUGUAACUUACUUAGUGGAUUUAUUUUGAAUGCGUGCUCAUUUAGAAAUAUACUUUCAUUGAAAUCUUUAGUGCUUUCUCUUACAUGCCCACUGUGCAAUACCAUAGUGUGUUCUUUUCCUUUUCCUAAGACUUUGUUGAAAUGCUUAGUAUUUCUCUGAGCUCCAAUGUGGUUUUGACCUGGAUUGGUUCUGGUUGUAGUAAAACAUUUUCCUUGCCUCAAGCUAACCAGAAGCAGCAGCAGCACAUUGCACAACCACAAAUCUUUGCAAUUCAUGCACCCUCAUGUUCACCAGCAAUCUGGCACUCCUGGGAGGAGGAGAGUGCUUCUCUCCAGAGUAUCUAAUUUGCACUUACUGUAAAGAAUUGAUAACAACCCAGGGAAAUAGGAGUAAAUUAGAGAGAAGAGCCCUUGCCUGCUCCCACCAAACUCCACAGUAAUUUUGCCAUCAACUUUCAAAGGAACAGGCCCUAAAAAUCAGGUCCAGCUCCCAAGCUAGCAUGGGCUGGUGCUGCUCAGUGCAGCCAAGCAGAGGGCACAUGAGCAGCUUGCUGAGGGUUCAGCUCUGGGCUGGGGGUUCACUCCCAGUCUCUUCAUUGAACUAUUUUAAUGUAGGAACCUGACCACUGUGACAAAGGCCUCUAAAAGACAAUCAGCUUCUGGAAUUAAUUCUCGAUACAAUUUAUUGGAAAUCCAUUCUCCUCCACGUUUACAGCUUGUCUGAUUCAAGAUUACAUUCCAUUCUGGUGCUUGGUGGUCCAGGGGAUUAAAGCACUCGCAGUGUCUGCGACUGUGUUGGAACCAAGCAAUUCAAAGGUGCUAUAACUGUUCACAAGGCACAUUCCCAUCCAUCCGAGGAAACGUUAACUUUUUCACUAGUUAUUUUACACAGUAUUUUUUUAUUUAUAUCAGUGUGUUUUGUAUGUGUGCAAAUGGUCCUGGCUUCUCUCAUUGUAAUAAGCUUUACAGCCAUUUGGUCCUUUAUAGAGCAGCCAUUCGCAGUAUCUUGCAAUCGUGUAAUUUCUUAACUUAGAGCAAGACUAAAUCUCAUCUGACAUGAUGAACUCCUUUAUGGCAGGCUCUAAUGUUUGCUGUAAACACAACCUGUUUGUUCCACCUCUUGCAUGGUUACUUACCUGUUUUCAUAUUGCUAUGUUAUUGUUCAAAAUAGCUAUUUCUCUUUAUUCGCUAUGGGGUUUGUUACUGUAUAUGGAAUGUUUUUUGUAUUCAGCAUUUUCUUACAGAGCAGAGUGGGAACAGUAUUCAAGAACCCACAAAUACCAAAGACCUUUCAUGUAAUGCACUGAGAAAUAAACAUACUGUAAAGGAA